CUUCUUCUUGCUUGCUGCAUUGUUUGUGUUUGAUUUGAAGAAGCAAGGUUGUGAGCUAGCGAAGAUGAGUGUGGGUGUUGAGCGCUUUGAGGUGCCCUUCCGCGAGGAGGAUAUGGAGGAGGUGAGGCAAAAGCUUGCGCAGGCCCGCCCAGCUCCCGCAUCACCCUCCCCAGACUGGAAGGCAGGCACCCCGACGCACGUGCUCCAGGACGCAAUCAAGUACUGGAAGGAGUCAUACGAUUGGAAGGCCGCCGUGGAGAAGCUGAACACCUUUGAUCACUUCACAUGCCCAGUGGAUGACCUCCGCAUCCACUUCAUCCACCAGAAGACGACAGCCAAGGAGCGCACACCACUGCUGCUGAUCCAUGGUUGGCCCGGGUCCGUGUUUGAGUUUCACAAACUCAUUCCCCUCCUCACCGCCGACAAGGACGGGCAUGGUUUCGAUGUGAUUGCGCCAUCGCUGCCCGGAUAUGGGUGGAGCGAAGCACCGAAGCAGGAGGGCAUGGAUACGUAUGCGAUUGCGAAUGUGUUUGACAAGCUGAUGAAGAAGCUUGGUUACGAGCACUACGUCGUGCAAGGCGGAGACUGGGGCGGGAUCAUUGCGCGGGCGCUGGGGCGGCACCACGCGAAGAGCUGCGUUGGUCUGCACGUGAACUUCCUGGCGUGCGUACCGCCCCCUGUGCGCGGGCCGGUGUCGCUGUGGCACAACGUGCGGCACUGGGCCCCGCUUGUGCUGGCGCCGCUGGUGAUGAGCAAAGAGGACAGCGCCAUGGUGGCAACCACGCGCACAUUCUUUCGCGAGGGCACCGGCUACCAGUUCAUCCAAGCGACGCGACCAGACACGCUUGCGCAGGGGCUAAACGAUUCGCCAGUGGGCCUGCUGUCAUGGCUGCUCGAGAAGUUUUACGCGUGGAGCGACAGCUCUGCGGCGGAGCCGUUCCGGUCUGUGUCGCUGGAUGAGGUGCUGACGCAUGUCAUGAUCUACUGGACAACGCAGAGCAUUGGCUCGUCCAUGCACCUGUACUAUGAGAGCCUGGCUGUGAUGCGGAGCAAGCCGCUUGCCCUCUCUGGCGGCUACAUUGACGUGCCCACAGCUGCAGCCUGCUUCCCAAAGGAGAUUAUCCAGACGCCUGAGUCUGUGGCCAGACGCACGUAUAACUUGCAGCAGUACACGAAGUUUGAAGCAGGCGGCCACUUUGCCGCCCUCGAACAGCCAGAGGUGCUUGCGAGCGAUGUGCGGCGCUUCUUCGGUGGAAGGUCCACGUUCUCCAAGCUGCAGCAGCGCGCGUCUGCACUCGGCAACGCGUCGCCACGCACCCUGGCCCCGCCCGACUGGGUGGACAUGAUGUGUUUGGUGCUCGUGGUUGCGCUCGUGCUGUGGUUUGUGUUGUCCUGGGUGUGAAGCUGCAGGCGGCAGCACAGAGCAGAUGUGCAUGGGUCGUCGCUGCGCUGUGUGCUGUGAUGCGACAUGUGACAGCACGAUGUUGUGCUGACUGUGUCGAAUAGCCGCUGUUGGACUGUUGUCUCGCUGUACGCGAUGUGUCUCUCUCCCUUCAUAUGUUCUUUCCCCUAUCUGUUGCAGUUGCAGCUGAUGUUGCAUGUUACCUGCCAUCUGCUGAUGGCGUGUUCCGGCGUGGCCAAGUGUCAGUCACAUGGUGUCGUUCGUGCCUCACCUGCCCGCAUGACGUGCUCGGUUGCGCGUUAUUACACUCAACAACCGGCCA